AAUCGACCGUCUACGAGAAAACUGGGCAGUACGAACGGUUCAUGCGGACUACAUGUAUAAAGUGUUUUUCAUCAGAAUUUAGAUAAUGAGUUAUUGUGAAUGCUUUCAUUUAAAUAGAUAAUUUUUUUAUUUAAGUGAAGUGAUUUCUUUAUCUUUUUAUUACAACCCAACUUUUAUUUGAUGUCGAUUAAUCCAGAAAAGUUCACCUCAAAUGUCACGGCACAAAACUCUCAGUCAAUUGCUUACAGAACAUGCUGAAAAUACACAAAGGUUUGAAAAAAAAGAAGAAAAAUAAGAAAAAUAAACAUAAAGAAGACGAAUUAUUUAACGAAGAAGAACUAGAAAAAUAUCGCCGAGAGCACCAAGAGGGGAAAGAAAGUGAAGUAGAAAGACAAGAUCAGGAGUGGCAAAAAUUUAAAGCAAUUACUGCUGAUAUAGAUAGUGUUUUAAAAAAAACCCAAGGAGAUCUUGAUCGAAUAAAAUCAACUAGUUUUUUUCAAAGAAAACCAACACAAGUUGAAGUUCAAGCAGCUCAUGAUAAAAUAGAAGCCGAAAAAAAAGCAAAAUUAGAGGAAGAAGAACGUAUUAAAGCAGAAGCUUCAGCUUGUGUUCAUGCGUCUGAAGAGCACGAAGCUACUUGUACCACCCCUAACGCAGCAUCGUCUGAAGAAGAAUCAGAUCAUGAAGAUGACAUAUUUGAUACGUCAUAUGUAGAUAUCAUAGCAAGUGGAGAAGUCAAAUUAGCAUAUAUUCCUGAAAGUCCCACCGAGGAAAAAGAAGAAUUUGAUCCAUUUGACACUUCAAUAGUAGAUAAGGUUAUUAAACCAAAUUCUACGAAAAAAAAUCAAAGAUAUAUAAGUCUUGGAUGUGCUGUAGAAGUACUUUCGGGAAAAGAAGUUGAUAUUAAUCCUGACGUAUUCAGGUUAUCGGCUGUACGGAAACGACCAAAACCAGUUAAUCUACUAUUAGAAAGUUUCGAUGAAAGUUCAAGCUUGAAAAUUGAAGACGAUGUACCUGUAAAAACAUUACUUGAUGAUGAUUCAGACUUACCAGCUGAUGAUUUGCCAUUAACUAUAGUAACACCAGUAAAAGAAAUAAAAAUUAACUCUAAUGAAAUAGAAGAUCAAAUUAAAACACCUGAACAAGACAUAGCUAAUAUUAUAAACGAAUUUGAUACUCCAUUAGUGAUUAGUGAAGAGGUUGCUACUGGGAAAUUACAGUUAGUUGACGACGAUAUAGACAAUGAAUUUGCAGCUUUAGCCGCAGAAUCGUUAUCUAAAACUCAUUUGCCAGAAGAUAUUGAUCCAUUUGAUACAUCAUUUGUAGAUCAUGUUGUACCUACUAUAAAUAACGUAAAUAUACAAAGUCAAGAGAUAAAUCAACAAAAUACAAACGAAAAACUAACUGAAAAAGAUUUUUACAGUAAAGUACGACCACUUAGUAUUGAACACAGAGAUCUAUUAGGUGGCAGUACAACAGACUUGUCUGUCAUUGGUCAUCAUCUAAUUGAACCAAAAAAUACAAUUUGUGGAGAAACGGAAAUAGAUCCAUUUGAUACAUCAAUUGCUGAAAGUUUACAACCUGGAAAAGGAGAACUAAAGCUUUUAGAAAAAGAAUUUUUAAACGAUUCAAAUUCUUAUCCCAAAAAAAUCAAUAUUGAAGAAGACGAAGAUUUUAAUCCUAGAGCAGAAGAACCUUCCUCGCGUCCAGUCGAACUCAAUCUUAAAGAUAAAAGAUUUAGCGUUCCAAAAGUGACGUUUGCGAUUGAACAAGAUUUGUUAACAGACGAUAAUCACGGUGAAUUACACGUUUCAAAACCAUUGACGCCAUAUUACCCUGAAAGUGAAUUAGAGGAAGAAAAAUUUAUUCAAGACCCUUUUGAUACAUCUCAUGUAAACCACGCCCCUGGAAAAGCAGAACUCAAAUUAUUAGAAAACGAAUUAGUAGAAAAAGAAAAUAAGUGUACAGAUAUACUAACAGAAGAAGAAUUUAUAACUCACAUUCUCCAUACACCUGUUGAACCACAAAUUCCUGUUACAAACGAAAUCGAUCCGUUUGAUACGUCAUUUGCUGAAAACACUUUACCAAGUCAAACAGAAAUUAAAAUAUUAGAGUCUGAACUUAUUUCAAAAAUCAUGGCAAAUCCAUUUUUGGUUGAAGAUAUAUCAUCUUCUGUUAAAGAGUCCAAUACAUUCAAUCCAUUUCUGACAGACGCAUCUUCAGAAAUUAAUGAAAACCCUUUUUUCACAUCUUUUGGAGGAACAAAUAAUGUUCAGGAUAAUACUAAUCCCUUUUUUUCUUUUACUGCACAACCAGAACCUCAACCACCAGUUGCUGAUCUUUUGAAUAUUAAUGAAAAACCUCAACAAACUAUUACGAAUGACUCUAAGACAAAACCACCACCCCCUAGACCAACACCACCUAAAAGACCGCCACCCAGGCCUAUGCCUCCACCGGCUCUAUCACAUGAAGCUAAAGAAUUAAUUCUUAGUGUUACUGGUGAAAUAGAUGCAACGUCAACACAUAUGUUGGAUAGACUAGCUAAAACUCCAAGCCCCACACCAAUAAGAGAAUUAUUAACACCCAGUCCACUACCAACUCCCGAUUUGAUAGGUGAUGAAGAUCUUCUGCCACCAGCCCCGUCUGAAUUAUCAUUAAAUGAAUUACAAUCCACGUCAAAACCAGAAAGACCUAAAUUUCCUCCGAAAGUUGAAUAUCAUCCAGAUGACACCUUGAACUAUAUUUCCACAGCUGAAAUUUCUGAAAACAGUGAAAGAAUUAGUAAAAAAAGAACUCCUUCUAUUCCAGAAAAACCCCCAUCAUUAAAUAGUUCUAAGCCUUCAUCAAGAAAAUCUUCAAAUGAAUUUAUUUUACCAGUGAGACGAUUAUCUCAUGAUGUAACAGAAUCUAGAAAAAUAAUGCCUGACUUGAGCAAAAUUUCAGAUCGCAGAAAAUCGGAUUUUGGACCAUUUUCUCCAAUUUUAACGACAAGACAACCUACCAGUCAAAGUGAUCAAACUUUUAAGAUCAAAACUAGCACAAGUAUUAAAGAAAUAAAUGAGUCUGAAGAAAACAAAAAUGAUGAACAUAGCGUUACAUUAUAUAAUUUAGCUAAGGAAAAUAGUGAUCCUAGCACUAAAAUUAAUACUGACAACGUAUUAAUAGACUCUAUUGAAUCAUCCCAAGAUGUACCCUUGCCAUGGCAAGAUGAAAAGAGCAAUCAAAGUUUUGAUUCUCAACAACCAGAAAUAACAUAUGAUACAUAUAAAAACGAUCUUACACAUCAAAAUAUUAUUGAUGGUACAAUUGACUCAUUAUCUUCUGAUUUAUGUGAAAAUGAAAAAGUUGUAACUUAUAAUUUUGAUUCAAACUUAAAAGAAGAUUCCUUUGAAAAAAUAAGUGCGUUGUCUUCAGAAUAUAUUUCUGAUGAUAAAGUAGCAUAUAAUGCGUAUGAAUCAAAACCAACACCACCAGUUCCUGAUCCAUCACCUUUACCAGAAGAACAAAACACAGUGACUUCAUUCGUAGUUCAGAAUAACGAAAUACCAGAAAACGCAUUUAUAGCUAAACCAGUUCACGAAUCAUUUCAAACAUUUUCAAACUUUGAAAGUGAUGCGUUUGAUGCAUUUGAUGCCAAGUUUGAUGACUCCCAAAUUGGGUCAGUUGGUACUGCUGCUUUCGAUGCAUUUGGUGGUCCUAUUGAAAACAUAACUGAUGAAUCAGCAAUAGGAUUUGGAGCAGAUGACAAUUUUGAUUCAUUUUUAUCAACCCAUCCAAUACCGGCAGCACCACAAUCAACACCAGCUAGGGUCACAAGAAAUAAUUCAGGAGAAUCAAUCGAUGAAAAUGAUUUCAAUGUUUACAUCAGACCAAAAGUUGAAGGAGAUGAAGUAGAUCAAUUUGGAGUAACAGUGCCAUCAAUAGCUCCACCUCCUAAACCUACAAAUAUAUUUCAAGAUGGAUUGUCUUCAAGAUUCAAUCCAUUUGACCAAGCUCCUAGUGAAUCUAAUUUCAAAGGGCAAGAUAUAUUUACUAUGCAACCUAUUUCACAACGCACAGACUCUCAGGAAACUCCUCCUAGCCCAUUAUUUGAUGAAGAUGUUUCUCAGCCAUUAGAAGAAUUCCCAAGAGUAAACUAUAAUGGAGAUGGAUGGGAAAUGGAGUUAAGACAGCCUAAUAAAAAAAAAAUAACAGCUCAUAGAUUUUGGAAAAAAAUAUUUGUUAAAAUUGUUUACCAGGGUGAAAACCCAGUAUUACAACUGUAUAACCUUAAAGGUGAUAAAGACCCAUUCCAAGAACUUCCGCUUCAACCUAGUUACUCAGUGUCUGAUAUCGGGGCUCAACAGUACGACCAAUUCGGAAAAAUUUUUACUGUUAAACUUUUAUACAUAUUUUAUAAAGAAAAAGCUGGAUUUAGACCAGGCCAAGUCACAAAAGCAGAAAGACUAACCAAUAAAUUAAGUCAGUUUGCUGCGUAUGCUAUACAAGGAGAUUACCAAGGAGUUAAAGAAUUUGGUAGUGAUAUAAAAAAGCUUGGCUUACCUGUGGAACAUGGCGCACAAACUACAACGCUAUUAAAAUUAGGAAGCCACAGUUAUGAAGACAUGAAGCAGUUUAGUAUUUGUAUCGAAGAAUCAUUAUUUAAACUAUCAGCUCACCGCGAUAGAGCUUUAAAUUAUAAGGUAGAAGACGUACAAAUUACCGUAGUUGAUGAACUUUUCGUCGAUCAAAACUCUCAAGGUUCUGUUCUCAAACAAACAGCUCGUGUGCGUCUAUUCUUUUUGGCCUUCAUGUGUGGAAUGCCUGAUGUUGAGGUUGGUGUAAAUGAUUUAGUUAGACAAGGUAAAGAAGUUGUAGGCCGACAUGACAUUAUACCAGUAGUCACAGAAGAGUGGAUACGUUUAGAAGGAGUUGAAUUUCAUAAUUGCGUUCAGCAGGAUGAAUACGAAAGAACAAGAACAAUCAAAUUUAAACCACCAGAUGCUUGUUACAUUGAACUAAUGAGAUUUCGAGUUAGACCUCCAAAAAAUCGGGAAUUACCUUUACAACUCAAAACUACCAUGUGUAUUACGGGGAAUAAAGUGGAAUUAAAAGCAGACGUUCUUGUACCAGGGUUCACUAGUAGAAAAUUAGGACAAGUACCUUGUGAAGACGUAGCAAUUCGAUUUCCAAUUCCAGAAUGUUGGAUAUACUUAUUUAGAGUAGAAAAACAUUUUAGAUAUGGUUCAGUAAAAUCAGCUCAUAGAAGAACAGGAAAAGUUAAAGGUAUUGAAAGAUUCCUUGGUACCGUUGACAACCUUGAACCGCACUUAAUUGAAGUGACCUCUGGUGAAGCGAAGUAUGAACACCAUCAUAGAUCCGUUGUUUGGAGAAUGCAUCGUUUACCUAAAGAAGGGCAAGGAGCUUACACGACACACAAUCUCGUCUGCCGAAUGACUUUAACUUCAUAUGAUCAAGUUCCGGAGCAGUUAGACAAAUAUUGUUAUGUAGAAUUUACAAUGCCAACUACACAGGUUUCACAUACAACAGUUAGAUCAGUUUCGAUUGUUAAUAGUGAAAAAGACUCUCCUCCAGAAAAAUAUCUCAGGCUUAUGGCUAGACACGAGUACAGGGUGGAAAUCGAGCAUAUUCAUGGUGAAGUUGAAGAAAAUCCUUACUUAGCAGCAACUGCUAUGCCAAAAACUCCACAACCAACAAUAAAAGAAAAAUCUCGCGUAACUAACGUUUCUGAUAGCGAUUCAUCAUCUUAAUAAAAUGAAAAUGGAUGAAAUCAUAAAUAAUACUAAUAAUAAUAACUAAAUACAUGGACUAUUCAGAACUACGAUUAUGUGUAGCAUGUGAUCUCUUCCUUUAAAUAAAAAAAUAUGAUGAGUUUAAUAUAAGUUAAUGAAAAAUAAUAAAAUAAUAUGUAAAUAAUAUUAAAUAAGGCAUAGAUGUCGAAAAAUAUUUAAGCAAGACAGUAAACUUAUAAAUAAAA